UAUUUCCUUCGUCGUUCUCGCAUCGUAAAAUUGCAGGCCGCAGUAAAGUUUGUAAAAUAUGCGGCUAGACUUCGACGCGAGUAUUUUUUCACAGAAUUUCCUUCGACGGAACGCGCGUGGCGACAGCCCGCAGCUGGAAAUUUCCCAGAGAAACAGCAACAACUCGAUAACGAGGAAAAUGAAUUUUUCAAAGUUGAUGGAAAAAGAAUUGCCGCGUUACCCGAGGAAAGAGGUUCUUCCAUUGUCGAAAACCCGGGUAAAGCCGUUCGACGUUGAAAGUACGCUGGCGGAAGUGACCGAAGCGAGAAAAUGUCACGCGAGAAAGUAUCACGGCCCGGACUCGGUAUUGUACUCGGCGAUUUAUCCCAUAGUUUCCAUAAUGAAAGCGUUGGGUUUGGCGCCGUACGAUUUCACGGGCGACCAGCUAGUCCCGUCCAACUUCUAUCUCCUAUUUUCCUUCGUCUGCAUGGCUAUUUAUUCUUACUGUAUACGCAACGUGUGCAUAAGAUUCCUCGCCGUGAAGAGAGAGAAAAUGAUCCUUAACGUGGUCGAAACUGCCAAGGUACUGGUGAACUAUCUGAUCGCUAUGUACGAUCUCAUAUCGGUGAUAUUCGCGAGGAAAGCGUUCUGCCGCAUUUGGAACGCGCUGCAGGAUUUCGACGAGAGGCUCAGCCAACUGGGUUACCCGCGCAAGGAGGUAAAAACUCGGAUAGCGGCGUGGGUUCUUUUGAUCGUUCAGAUCGUUGUUUGGACGGUGAUUAAUCAGAGCGGAAUGUUCGCCUUCAACGAGUCUUGGCUGUUUAAUAUGAGUUACAUGUGUCUGUACGUCACCAACGCGUCAUCCGUCUACAAAUUCUUCGGAAUGGCGAGCUUUCUCGGUCAACGCUUUCAUCAGCUGAACCAGAUCGCGAGGGAUAAUCUACCCUCGAGAGUCGGAUACAAAAGCACCAGCGUGAGCAGAAAGACCAUCCAGGAAUUGCACGACGAGUUGAUGGUAUCCGGCGAAUCCCUGGGCUCCCUUUACUCGUGGUCGCUAUUCUUCUGGCUAGGAAAUUUGAGCGUACACAUCAUCAGCAAUCUCUACUUGAUCAUCGAUUGGAUCAUCGUGACGAACGCCUACAGCUUACCUUGGCCCGUGAUAUUCAACACGAGUUCCUGGCUUUCCGGAUAUAUGGGACAGCUUUUGGCCCUGCACCUCGUCUGCGAUUACACGAUAACCGAGGCUAAUUUCAUGGCUGUGACCCUGGUCGAAUGGGACGCGAGAGUAGUCGAGAGAUAUCCACACAAGGAUACCGUUCGUACUACGCUGCACUUUCUCAAUAGACGGCUUCAUUUCUCGGCCGGCGGUCUCUUCGACGUCAAGUUGUCGUUGCUCUGUUCGAUCGUCGGAGUGAUGUCGACGUAUCUGAUAAUCCUUUUGGAGUUUCCCUCGACUUCUUGAAGUCGAACUUCUUGAGCAACAACGCGGAAGAAAGAAGCAAGCGACGUUCCAAAAAAUUCGAUAAGAUCGUUCGUCUUUCCAUCACGGACCAACCACCGCCAUUCUUCGUCGGUUUCCUGGCGCAUUCGCGUCCGCUCGGUCGUAUAUUCGUGAAAACUAUUUUUUCGCCGGAUCGAAUCGCGCCAUCGGCUACAGUUUUCCCAGGUCGCCCGGAAAACGACGAGAAACGCAACGAGUCUUGACAAGGAUAAAGCUUCCGUCGAGGAAAGUUAACGGGACAACGUACGAUUCUGAUCCUGCUAAACCAUCUCCUGUAAAAUUAACGCGAUUGAUAACCAAGCCUACGCAUAUAGACUUGUUUCCAAAUAAUUUGAAACAUUUUAUUGCAUUUUUCAUUGCCAAUUCGAUUGUGCUGAUCGUUGUUAACCUUUCGAACGA